AUGCUCUUACUUCGUUUUUCCCUUAAUAAGUCAUCAAAUUUGGUGCUUUUUGAUCCCCAGUUGCUAUGGGGAACAAAGGACGAAAUACAAUCGAUUCCUCCAUUUAAGUGGUUCUCGCUUCUCCUUGUUCCUGUUCCUAACUCUUCCCCGGGGGUAGAUAGGCUUCUUGUUUCUUUGGAGCCCUUGUCCUUGCUUGGCUUUGGGGUAGGCCCCUCUUCCAAUGAGUUGAAUCUUGACCGCACUUCCCUCAGGUCGAGCGGGAGAACUUCUGGUAUGUCUUUGGCAUUGGCAAAGGACAAGGAUUUGAGAAUAGAUGACGCUCCGUCCUCGGUUGAGCCUUUUCGCCUCUCUCCCGAUCGGUGGUUGAGCGACUUGAAGCUUCUUCUGCUGAAACUGCUAAUGUGGCUGACCGCAUCUCUUGCCGCACAUUAA